UUUAAUAGAGAAAGUAUGCAUUGCAUACUGCUCUGCUGCAACCCCCCACUAUACUGCAUCUGGGGUAUUCGUGACUGGACGUGUGGGGGGAUCACACACAUUUCCGAUUAGGAGGGAGAGAGAGAGAGAGACAGAGAGAGAGAGAGAGAGAGAGAGACAGAGAGAGAGAGAGAGAUUACCAUUUCAUUCCAGCCAAUGAGACAGGCGAUACUCUAAGAUUUUCAUAGUUGUGCAGGAGAACAGAGUGAGCGGAGUGUGUGUGAACUUCCAGGUAAAGCUGCAAACCGACCUAAGCCUCAGAGGCCGCUGCUCCAGGCUUUGAUGCCCACACUUUUUAAAGCAGGUGGACAGACGCAGGCAUGAGCGACAGUGGGACCAAAGAGCCGUCUCCUCAGUCGAGCACAGCCCAGUCGCCUGAGGAACCCCAGCGCAGGGGCAGAGGUCGUCCUCGGAAACAGCAGCAGGAGCCCGUUGGACCACCGACCCCAAAGAGACCGAGAGGACGACCAAAAGGCAGCAAGAGCAAAGGCCCCAGAACUGCACUGAAGAAAGUAGAGCCUGUUGGAGAGAGGCGGCCACGAGGGCGACCGAGAAAAUGGCCCCGGAAAGUUGUUCCCGAAGUGACUGAAGAGCAGCAGGGCCCUUCUGAGGAGGCCAAGGAGGGCCCCUCGUCAUCUCAGGUGCCUGCGCAGGAGGUAUCGGAGUAGAUGGGAUACCUCUAUAUCUACCUCAGUGUUUGGCCUCAAGCAAACAGGGGUACAGUCUGACUCCCUAUCUGUGAUGGGAAAUCAGGAACACACACAUUUACACACACUCACACACUCAAAAAGAAAAUCCUCGCAGACAGCAGUUUCCUCUCCUGAUCUAAACAGCACCAUGGAUUUGUCGUUGCUUUGAGUAUUUGAUCGUUUGAUUAAGCCUUUUUUAAAGGUAUGGUUCCAACUUUUGGGAAAACCAUUUUAUGUUUAGAAAGGUGGAAAAACUAAAAGAAAAACAUACUCUUAGCAUCUUAGAAAGGAAUGGGCCAUUGCUUCUCAACAUGACAGCAUGAAUGUGCCUUCUAAACUAUAGCAAAGCGAUAUAGCACAGGUUCUCCAACAUAGAGCACCCUCCAUAGUUAUUGGUAAAAUAAAUUCAAAAGUAAAACCUCAAAGUAAGCAAAACAACCCUGCAAACCUUCCUUACAACCCCACUCACUGUGUGUGGUGGCUAGAUACACUUGAGUUCCCAUCCACAAUUGUUUGUCACAAUUUCAGUGGUUUCAAACUUUUAAUUUUGCAACUAAAUAUUUUUAAUAAGUGGCUAUUUUCAUUUAACCGUUUCCAUUUAUGAUGAUCAACGUCCCUUGUAUUUCCCAUUUUGAAAGGAUGGCUAAAGGAAAUGGGCCCCUUUUAAUGGAUUACUAAGUAAAACGUACAUUAAAAAAGCUUUAGUUACAUUUCAUAUAUAGGAUUAACUUUAACAAUUAUUUCCUACACUUAGAUUUUUUUGCUAUACACUGAAUAAAUGUACUCAAAUUAAAAGUUUACUACAUUUUUCCAGUGUAAGAUUAUGCUUCUGAAAUAAAAGAUGAAUUUAUUUCUUUACCAUGGGUGCCAAUAAAUGUGGAGGGUACUAUAUGUAUGAGUACAGAUUCUAUAAUCAAUCAGUUAGAGAUCAGAAUCAGACAUAUUUCUUUAAUUCAGCUCUGAAAGCUGUUCAGGAGGUCACAUCACAAAAUUUGACUUUUUUUGUUUACUUUUCAUUAAAUGUAUCAGAACUGAGAACUAUAGGUGCAUCAAUCAACAGCAUCUACUUUGAUGGACCUUUUUGGAGUCUGAUAAAGAAUCAGAUAAAGGUUAGAGGCAUAUUGCUUUAAUGUACGAUGUCCUCGUUGUCUGUUUGAUUCAAAACUGCUACCUCUUUGUUUUAAAAGAACUGCUGCACAUUUCUUUUUUUUAUGUGCUAUAUUCUUUAGUAAAAAAAAAAAUCGAAAUUGAUCAGAAUUUGAAUAGGCUUAUCAGACCUCAAGGAAAACCGGAAAAAUCUGUCUCGGCCCGGAAAAGCCUGAUUUAUGCAUCUCUAAACAUGAGUCCUAUUUGAAACAUUUAAGUUUCCCUUGUGCCUUCUAGCCCCAUAUUACUCUAUUAGCUUGAAAGUGUGCAAUAAUUAUUGGUUUAACAUCCCACCAAUUAAAUGCACUCUGAUCAAGUCACUAAAACAUGUCACUGUGGGGUUCUUCACAUUUCUCCAUAUAGGUGAAUUUCAACAAGCUUCUAAGAUCAGUAAUAAUCCUUUGUGAGUUUUUUAGUUCAUAAAGAUAAAGCAGAAUUUAACUAAAUGUUUAAAAUUAGGUGGGUUGAUUCUUUUACUUCAGUUUAUGAGGACCAGCAAAUUUAGCAAUCCAUCUAAUUUAGUCUUUCACUCUAAUAUUUUGUUUUUAUGAGGAGCUGAAAGAAUGUUUCUCCCUUAAAGUGGAACUAUUCCUUUAUUAUGCCAGCUGUCCUGAGCCUCUCGGUGAGAUUUUUUGCAUGUGUGGGAACGCAUGUCUGUAUGUUUUGUGCUGGUAUGGAGAGAGAAACACAGAGAAAGACAGAAAGAGAGGGGCAGAUUUAUGUGCUUAACUUAAACAAUGGACAAAAGUAACCAAACUGAACCAUGUUUUAGCACAUUUCUUAUCAGCUGUUUUAAACUUGACAUUUUUACACCAAUGUAACAGCAUAAACAUGGCGAGCUGAAUUCAUUCUUCUGGUGUGAAACGUUUGACUUCAAAUUGAAAUAUCCAUUUUCAGAGAUAUUAUUUCUUAACUUCAGCUCCAAACGUCAGUGGAAUUACACUGAGUUAAUCCUUCCAAACAGAAAGUGACCGAUUUAAAUACAAAGGUUGGAAUGAAUAUUUCAUUUUGAAACAAAAGGAAAAAAAACUUCAUAAAUACUUGAGUCAACUGUAGUGUUGACGUAUCAUUUUUACCACUCUCAGGAUUUCACUUUUUUAACAGUGCUCUUACGUCAUUUUUGAAAACCUCAGGUACAUAUCUAUUCAGGAACAUGAUAUCUACUCAGUAAUAAUUGUGGUGCUGUGUUUGUUGUGCGAUUCUGAUCUGUAUUUGACAUUAACAGUAUGCCUUGACUCAAAGACCUCAUGAAAAACCUCAGUCAGCCUCAGCCUCUUGAUCUCUCAUUCUACCUCAGCAACACAAAAAGACAGAAGAUCCUCCUGCAAUGCUAUCCUUCACUCCCUCAGAAGUGAUACUGUAUGCCCAAACACACAUAUACACACACACACACAUACACACAUGUACCAGCACAAAUAAACACCACAAACAAGUUUCAGGGCUACAUGCCAACAAACCAACACACACACACAAGUAACAAGAGGAUGUUACACUCCAGCAGAGGUGUACAAAUAAAGUAUCAAUAUCAUUUCAUAAAAAAUAACUGUAUCUGAUUAAAAAAAAAACUGAAGUGAGACUGAUCUCCUGGGAAUUAAAGUGCAGCCAAUAGUUUACAACAACUUGAUGAAAUACUUGCCUUUUAGAGUGUAGUACCUUAUGAAAACCUGUAUUUUUUGGGGGUGGGGGGGGGAUGUGUUAUUCUUUUUCUUAUUUUAACUACAUUAUGUAUUUUUUCUCUGAUUCUUACACUGUAAAAUGUAUGUGUGACACUCUUAAUUCAUGGCAGCAAAAAAGCCGCAUCGUGCUGAAAUACAUGAAUUGAUGCUGACCUCAACGGCUGUUUGUACUUGACCCAUUUGUGCUACAAUAACACAACACGAUUGUACUUAACUGAUUGUGAGUUUUAUUGCCUAUGAGUUAAAUUUUUUACUACUCCAAGGUGAAAAAUGUGUGUUCCAGCAAAUUUUUUGCUUCAAAGGAUGAAAUUUGUUUCUGAUCGUAUAGCCCCUUGCAAAACCCAUCAUAGCCUUUUCAACUUCUUCACCCUUUGUCAAGUUUUAAUGUAUUUUAUUUGGAUUGCAUGUGAUAGACCAACAAAGUGAAGUGCAUAUUCGACAUAGUUUUUAGCAUAUUUUAGAAAUAAAAAUUUAAAAAAUGUAAUGUAUAUUUGUAUUCUGAGUCCCUACCUUGUUGAACCACAUUUUGCUGCUAUUACGGCUGCAUGUCUUUUAGGGUAUGUCUUUACCAGCUUUGCACACUGAAAGUCUGUCAUUCUUCUUUGCAAAUUAGCUCAAGCUCAGUUAGACUGGAAGGAGAGCUUCUCUGAACAUCAGUUUUGUAGACUUGCCUUAAAUCUUUGAUUCGAUUUAGGUUUGGACUUAGCCAAGGCCAUUCUAACAAGUUAAUAUCCUUUGUAGCUCUGUAUGUUAAGAGGUCAUUGUCCUGCUGAAAUGUGACCGUCCUCCCAGGGCUCCAGUCUUUUGCAAUCUGCUCUAUAAUAGCUCCAUCCAUUUCCCCAUCCGCUCUGACCAGCCUCCCUGUCCCUGCUGAAGAAAAACAUCCCCACAGCAUGGUGCUGCCACCACCAUGUGUGACUGUGGUGAUGGUAUAUUCAGGGUGAUGUGCAGUGUUUAUUUACUGCAACAAGCAGCAUUUAGCAGGUUGUCCAAAUAGUUUAUUUAUGAUCUCAUCUGAGCACACCACCUUCUUUCAGAUAUUUGCUGCCUUCCCUCCAUGACUUAUUACAAACUUUACACAGGACUUCCUAUAGUUUUUAAUAAAAAAUGGCUUCAUUUUUACCACCCUUCAAUAAACGUCAGAUUUGUGAAACGUAGCACUAUUAUUAGUCCUGUCAACAGAUUUUCCCACCUGAGCUGUGGAUCUCUGUAGCUCCAGCAGACUGCUUCUCAGAUUAAUGCUCUCCUUGCCCUACAUGGCAGUAUAGGUGGAUGGCAAUGUCUUAUUAGGUUUGCAGUUUUGCCAUACUCUUUUUUUUUAGAGAUGAUGGACUAAACGGUGCUCUGCGAGAAGUUCAAAGCUUGGGAUGUUGUUUUAUGACGUAACCCUUCUUUAAACUUCACAACUGAAUAAAGGUUUUAUUCCUAAAAAAAAAUAAAAAACAUGCAUCCUUUCCUUGUGUUGGUCUACCACAUAAAAGCCCAGUAAAACACAUUGAAGUUUGUGGUUGUAAUGUCACAAAACAUCUAAAAGGUUUAAUGAGUAUUAAUACUUGUGCAAAUCACUGUAUAUAGCUUCAAGCAAGCACACAAGAUUUUAUUAGUUGGACAUAAAACACUCAUUAGGUUCACUGAAACCACAUUAUCGUAGAGAAAGGAUUCAAAUAAAAAAACCUUGACUAAGAGGUUAGCUACUUUUUCCUGAUAAGAUAUUUCGCUUCUGUUUAAUUCCAUGUCGACAGGAAAUAACAUACAACUCACUGAAAUCCUAAGGCAUGAACUGUAAACCUGCAUGUCACCUGUAGGUGUGGUCUUAAUUUUUAGAUUUGACAUCUGUGAAGUCAUAAGAAGGAGAAGGUUCGAAUUUUUUAAGUGGGAUAUUUAUCAGCAGUCAGUACCUUACCUGUAUCAGAGAGCUGUCUGAACUAACUGAGUUUGGAGAAGUGGGGGUUAGAAAAGUUGAGGUUAAAGCUUGUACAUUUAGUUAAAUGCCUAUUUGUGAUCCAUCUAUCAUGAGUAAAGGUUCAUGUGAAGUUUAUGUUAAAAUAGGUCAUACUAAGUGUGCCAAGUCAGAGUGAAUAACUAAAGCAACAUUUGUUUGGUAUAUAAGAACAUUUUGUAAUGCAGGGCUGUGAAAUUCCAGUCUUUAAGAGCUAGUUCCUUGCAUUUUUGAGAUGUUUUCCUGGUUGAACACACUUGAUUUAAAAGGAUGGGCCUUGCCUUUCUUUUGAAGGGUCUGACAACAGGCCAGGGAGAUAGUGAACUGUUAGCAUCAGGUGUGUUGGAGCAGGGACCCAUCUAAAACAUGAAGGAAACUGCCCCUUGAGGAUCAGAGUUGCUCAUCUUUGCUUUAGGGGUUCAAAUAAAAGUGUGUUUAAAUCAUUUCUAAGCUGCUUUACAUACUUUCUAGCAUGUAGUCACUGACUGAGUAAAUUAACACUAUUUGUAAUGUUAUCCGUAAGGGACGCUGGGUCAAUAUACCCUCCAGUGUUAGUAGCGUCACAUCUGAAAUAAAAUGUAAAAUGAUUGUGAUUUUAGUUAGCAGUGAUCUGACAGCUGAAAUCUUCAGACAGCCUUCUUCCUAAGAUAAAGUACUGAUUGCUGAUAACUGCACCACAGAACCCCACAUUAGUUAACCCACAUUGACUCUCCAAUAGAUGCCCAGCUUUCAAAAUAGGUAAUCUAAAAUGUUUUGACACCUUGUUUUUGUCUUACACUGACAAGUGUUAUAUUACAAUUUUUACAGUUUCGUUUAAUCAAGUGUCUCAAAAAUUUAUCAAGCAUGACCUCGAACCUUUUACGUUGCUUAUUACUUGAAUAUUACCCAUUAUUUACUUUAUAUUUAAACAUUUCUUCCUUUUUUUCACUGAUACAUCAUUAAUUUUAUGUAUUUCAGCACUGUUGCCUAAACUGCUGCCACAUUACCGAUUUAUUAAAUGUUGCAUUGACUUUACUUAUUUAGCCCUCCUGGACUACCUCUGAAGAGAACCAAGCCUGUGUCAUUUUUUAGGGAGACUUGUGGCCUUUUAAGGCCAGAAGCUUCCAUCAGACCUGCAGGCAGCGUGGAUCAUAAAACCUUGAAAUAGCUUUCGAAUAGUACUGCAGUAGUCCUCACACACAUCUCAUCUCACUAUAAUGAUAUGACCAGAAGUGAAUGAGAGUCAGCCUGAAAGGUGCCUCUUAAUUUAACUCCAGCUAAGUCAAUGUGUUAUUUUACACAAGCUGUGUUUGGAUAUUUACUCUCUCUAUAAGGGGACAAUGUUGUUUUGUGAUCUUAUUGCUAGUGAUUUAGUUACAUACAGUACUUGAUCUAUUUUCAACUAUUGAAAAGUUGAACUGUAACUUGAGAAAUCAUCUUAUAUGCCUUACCUUUAACACAAUGUAAUAGUUAUGUUAUUGAUAUGUCCUCAUCCACUUCUUUAAUAUAACUCACAAACCUGUGAUAUAUAUUUUGUUAUGAUUCUUUAUGUUGUGAUUUGUGUUACUUUGCUUCUAUAUCGCUUAUAAAUAAAAAUAAAAAUAUCACACUCA